UCAGUGAGUUUUCGAAGGCAGACGAGAUACCAUAUGCUUCUGCUGCUAGCCGCCGGCUUUUUUUAUCGCUACUCUGACGUCAUGGGAGUCCAGGCUUUCCUCAUAUCAGCUGUAGUUUUGCUCAUCACUUACCUUUUGGUCAGAUGGCGGCGCACCUUGAAUUACUGGAAAAAUGCGGGAAUCCCAUGCGAAGAGCCCCACAUCCUGUUGGGGAGCCUGGGUGGCGUCCAAUCCAAGCGAUCGUUUUGCGACAUUUGGACAGAUUACUAUAAGAAGUUUCGGGGAUCUGGACCCUUUGCCGGCUUCUAUUGGUUCCAAAAACCAGCUGUCUUCGUCCUAGAACCUUCGCUGGCCAAACUGAUCUUGAUUAGAGAGUUUAACAAGUUUACGGAUCGUGGCUUUUAUCACAACACAGAGGACGAUCCAUUGUCCGGGCACCUUUUCAUGCUGGACGGCCAGAAGUGGAAGUCCAUGAGAAACAAACUAUCUUCCACGUUUACCUCCGGAAAAAUGAAGUACAUGUUUCCCACUGUGGUGAAGGUGGGUCACGAGUUCACAGAGGUUUUCGGACAGACCCUGGACAAGAACAAUAUUGUGGAGGUAAAGGAUCUGCUGGCUCGCUUCACCACCGACGUGAUUGGCACAUGUGCCUUUGGGAUCGAGUGCAGCAGUCUUAAGGACCCGAAUGCCGAGUUCCGGAAUAUGGGCCGAAAAGCUGUUACGGACCAGCGGCAUGGGCCUCUGGGAAUCGCAUUCAUCAAUAGCUUUCCCAACUUGGCCCGACGUCUGCACAUGAAGAUAACCAAAGAGGAAGUGGAACACUUCUUCCUGCGAAUCGUCAGGGAGACGGUCAGUUUCAGGGAGCAGAACAAGAUUCGACGCAACGACUUCAUGGAUCAACUAAUAGAUCUUAAAAACAGUCCCCUAACCAAAUCCGAGACUGGAGAAAGUGUGAACUUGACAAUCGAGCAAAUGGCAGCUCAGGCAUUUGUGUUCUUUGCGGCAGGCUUCGAGACAUCAUCGACCACCAUGGGAUUUGCCCUUUACGAGCUGGCCCAGCACCAGGACAUCCAAGACCGGGUGCGGAAAGAAUGCAACGAGGUCUUUGGCAAAAGCAGCGAGCUUUCAUAUGAGAAUAUGAAGGAUUUGGUCUAUUUAGACCAGGUCUUGUCUGAAACCCUUCGCCUCUAUACCGUACUUCCAAUCUUGAACCGUGAGUGUCUUGAGGACUAUGUGGUUCCGGAUAAUCCAAAGUACGUCAUCGAAAAAGGAAUGCCGGUCCUGAUUCCCUGUGGAGCCAUGCAUCGCGAUGAGAAAUUGUAUCCCAAUCCUAAUGUCUUCAACCCAGACCACUUUCUGCCGGAGAGGGUUAAGGAACGCGAUUCCGUGGAAUGGCUUCCGUUCGGGGAUGGUCCUAGGAACUGCAUUGGAAUGCGUUUCGGCCAAAUGCAAGCCCGCAUUGGCCUAGCCCUCCUGAUCAAGGACUUUAAAUUCUCCAUCUGCGAGGAGACUACCAUUCCAAUGAAGUACAGCAAGGAGACUUUUCUCAUUUCAAGUGAAUCUGGUAUUUACUUAAAAGUGGAACGAGUUUAAUGUAAGCUUUAUUCAGAAAUAAAUAAAGCUGGCAUGUGGGAUUACAUCACUUUUAAACAAUCGAGGUCUCGACUUGAUUGUAAUUAAAAACUAUGACUGCACAUAUUGUAUAACAGAUUUAAAAAUACAUUUGAAAAAGUACGGAACAGUGA